AUGCCGACGCAGGACAGCAGUGACAACCCCUCCGACUCCUCCUCUGACUUCUCUCGCAGCCGGUGCGAGACACCUAUGACCUCCCCUCCCCUCCGAGCCGCAGCAUAUUCCAAAGAGCGGCCUCGAUCAGCCCGCAACAAGCAUGCCGUUACCUUCAAUUCCCACAUUAUGCAGCCUAUGCUCUCGGCCAGCCGUAAGCGUGUCCGGCCUGAUUCUGAUACCGAGCGUCCGGCUAAGGCUGCUCGACUGUCGUAG